AGUCAAAAAAGCAAUGCCACUCAGGAAAGAUUAGGCACCAUUUGCCAUAACUAAAUAGUUACAUUGUACAUCAAGUAGCAAGAAUUAUUUUUAUUGGCGGCCACCGCGGUAGGUGGAGAGUAACAUCGGCUCUUCGUGAAAUUAUUUUCCACGUUGUGAAUGCAAGAAAGUGUGACGUUUCAAACCCCGGUGCUGUCAAAACAGAUGUGGAUACAGAGCUCGGGAGCUGCCCAGCAGAGGUGAAGGGGAGGGCAGAAGAUCCCAGCGGAGUCUGAGUGUGGAUGACCUGCCCUCAGCAACAGGAUCAUGAUCUGAAGAGGGUGCUUCUGGUGGAGCAACACAGAGAGAACUGAACGCCCCAAAGAGGAAGAAAUCCCAAAACAGCCAUCCUUGACCUCCGUUUCCCGGCUCCUCCCAUUGCAACGCCAAAACCAUGGGGAGGAAAAAGAUCCAGAUUCAACGGAUCACUGAUGAACGCAACAGACAGGUAACGUUCACCAAGCGGAAGUUUGGUUUGAUGAAGAAGGCGUAUGAGCUGAGCGUCCUGUGCGACUGUGAGAUUGCUCUCAUCAUCUUCAACCACUCCAACAAGCUGUUCCAGUACGCCAGCACCGACAUGGACAAAGUCCUGCUCAAGUACACGGAGUACAACGAGCCCCACGAGAGCCGGACCAAUGCUGACAUCAUCGAGACGUUGCGAAAGAAAGGCUUUAACGGCUGCAACAGCCCCGAGCCCGACAACGAUGACUCCAUCGACCAAAGCCCGCUAAAUGACCGCAAGACCGACGACCUGGACAGCCUCUUCAAACGCUAUGGCGCUCUGAACAAGAAAGAGCAUCGGGACUCUGAGAGCCCAGACCCCGAGGAGCCCUUCUCCCUCACCCCUCGCACUGAAGAGAAAUACAAAAAAAUUGACGAGGAGUUUGAUAAAAUGAUGCAGAACUAUAGGCUGUCAUCUACAGUCCCACAGCCCACUUUCUCCAUGCCAGUCACCGUGCCAGUAUCCAAUCAGAACGCCGCGGCCCUUCAGUUCACUAACAACCCCGGCGGUUCCCUGGUCACCACCACCUCCUUUGUCACCUCCACCCUCUCAGAUCCCCGCCUUCUGUCGCCACAGCAACCAGCUUUGCAGAGGAGCACCAUGUCACCUGGGUUGCCUCAGCGACCAGCCAGCGCAGGCGCUCUAUUAGGAGGAGAUUUGGGGAACUCCAACGGAGCAUGCUCAAGUCCAGUCCCUAAUGGCUACAUCAGUGCCAGGGCCUCUCCGGGCCUCCUCUCCGUAUCCAACGGCAACAGCCUGGGGAAAGUAGUCCCGGCUAAGUCUCCACCUCCACCCAGUCCUCAGAUGGUCAACAACCGCAAACCGGACCUGAGGGUCAACACUUCGCAUGGCGGCAAGAGCCUCAUGCAGCUGACAGAGGAAGAGCUGGAGUUGGUGAGUGAGAAUGCUCAGCGGCUAGGAGGUUCGCAGGUGGCACAGUCGCUCACCACCCCGGUCGUCUCCGUGGCAACGCCCAGUCUUCUCGCACCCUUCCCAGGCAUGCAGACGUCUUACAACACUGAGUACCAGCUGACGAGUGCAGAUCUCACAGCGCUCCAGACGUUCACGCCACCAGGGCUGGUGCCUAGCAACAUGGCUGCCUGGCAACAGCAACAGCAACCGGCCGUCUCGCAGCAACAGCAGCAGCAGCAACAGUUGACUUUGGCAUCACUCAGUAACUUGGUCAUGUGGGGUGCAGACAAACAGAAUGCGGAGAUGGUUAACUGCAUCUCCAAUUUCGCGGCUAACCUGAGCUUGGCUUCUCAGUCCAACUUGGUCUUUGGCAGAGAGGAGGGCCUCUGCUGGUCGUUGAGCCCGGUGCCUCAGAGCACCGCACUGACAGUCAACACUAACCCCAACGUCAACAUCAAGUCCGAGCCCGUCUCCCCGAACCGCGAUCGCAGCACUCCCAUCACCGUCAACACUGCUGCAGCAGGAGGAGGCGGGGUUCAAGGGCAGGGGCCGGGUCUGGUGUCAGUCGCCUAUCCCGGUGACUUGCGCUUGGAUGCGGGACGCCAGGGCCGCUCGCCUGUCGACAGCCUCAGCAGCAACGGCAGCUCGUAUGAGGACAGGGACGACGGCACCCAGGGCCGGGGCCCCGGUCAGGACUUCCACCACCAGGCCGGAGUCGGAGCCCAGCAGCCCACCAUGGUCCUCCUGCGACCCUCCUCAGCUGAGCCCCAGGAACAGGACGCCACAAACGUCAAGAGGAUGAGACUGGACGCCUGGGUGACAUAAGGAGAUGGACAGGAAUGAGGGAUGGACAGGUUGAGGAUAGAGAUGUGUGGCUUAUGUAAUUGCCCCCCCCACCUGCCCCGCUUCCCCAAAUGUCCCUCCUUCACACACGCACACACACGUACAAAUUAACCCUCAUCCCCUCAGUAAUCUCCUGUCCACACCUUUUUACUCAGCAAAAGCAUGCAAGCACCCUUAGGACGCACGUGUGGACACCCCGCCUCACUUGUAAGGUGACGUGCAUUCACAUUUGAAGUGUAAUGCACACAGACCCCCACAGACGGGGGUCCAGCAGGUCGAUCAACCAAACCAGGGGUGACCUUUCAGGCCAAAUAUCUCGUAGGCCUCUAUUCAAACAUGAAUGAGAACAUUUUUAAAUCAGGCCUAAUUUCGGCCGUGUGGACUCUCUGACAGGUCCUGGCAGUGCAGACAACCAGUCUUGGUUUCCCAGCAUGCCUUGCAGUUGGUUUGUGGUUACUGAUGACCUUUGUACCUUGCUGCGUUUAAGUCAUGCUUGUUUUUUGAUUGAAGAUGACCUGAAGUGUGCGCUUUUGUCUAGACUGUUUGAAUUUUGGAUUUGGUUGAGGACACUAAAGCAGUUCACAUCAGGCCUAUUUGGCCCGGUCCGGUACAACAGCAAUGAGCCAGUCAGAGCCCACAUUCGGGCUAAAAAACACAACCUUAUUGGUAACAAACUGCUUUUCUCCGAAUCAGGGACGAGCUGCAGCAGCUCAAAAUGUGACGCAGAGCCUCGAUUCUCCCAAAAUCUUGUCAACUACAAAAGCUGACAAAGCUGUGUGUGGGUUUGGUGUGUGUUCAUAUGGAUUUGUUACCUCAAUCAAUGUUUGUUUUUUUCUUCACAGUAGGUGAUUUAGACAAUGGUUCACUCUCAAUUUCAUCUUGGAAAACACCGAUGGCAGCAGCGGAAAUCGUUUUUUGUGAAAGCUGAUGUUCAAAGGGGUCGGAGUCCUGAGUUACCAUGUAUAUAAGCAAUCUGUAACCGUCUGUGUGACAGGGAUAUAAGGUGUUUUUAAGGCUGAAAAGUAGGUCAUAUACAACUAUAUAUUUAAACAGCUUCAGAUGGUCGCUGAGGCAUCUCUGCAUCUGGAGCAAGUGACUUAGACAGACAACAGGGAUUGUACAUACGAGGCAUAUAUUCAGCAGGUUAUCCCUCAACAAAACAGAGAAAACAAAAAUUCUCUGUGGAUGGGUCUGUUUUUUUUGGUUUUGUUUUUUAAAAUAUAAAUAUAUAUUAUUUAUGCGUGUAUAUAAAGUGUAAUGUGUGGACGAGCCAAGAGAGGGCGAUGAAGAGGCAGAAAAGGAGAUGUAGUAGCGACUUGGACUGUUUUGAGUGAGCAACGGUUUGGACUCUGUCACUGAUGGAGCGCACUUUACCUGAACUCCCACCUCUGGCAACGCACAUCUGGUCAACACACACACACACCUGGGCAAGAAUGAUUUACAUGGGUUUCAAUCGGAAUAUCUGCAUAAAAUAUGUUUUAGGCUUUGUUAAUCCUGUUUUUAGAUUGUUUUUGUUAAACUGUGCAUCAGUCUAUUGAUAGUCAUGUUUAAAGACCCACUCUGAUCAUCUUUUGAUCUUUUUUCAAAGCGUUCCCAGAAGUUUUUUAAUCUUGAUUAUGUCGUUUUUAGCCAAAAUCCCCCAAAAAACUGGACGUUUUCUGAGACGUCGUUUCUGCAAAGCGACAGGAGUUCAUUAGAAAUUCUCCUCUGAGGUGGGACUGUUGGCGCGAAGCAACCACACCCCCCUUCCCUUCGCCGUUGCAGAGCGGAGCAGCAGGGUGCUUGUCGCCCGCCCAGAGUAUUGCAAAUGUCCUUCACCAUCAAAAAAAAGGGCGCAAGAACAGAUUUAAAAACACCAAAAACAUGAUUUCCAUUGGAGUGGGCCUUUAAAGUUUCUCUUCAAAUAAAAUUAAGCCAACAGAUAUUUGUUUAAAAAAAAAAAGUAAAGUAAAAAAUCUUUUUAGAAAUAUUGUGUCCCUGUAUUUUAACUUAAGAUAGAUAUUUAAGAUGAAAAAUGUACCGUAAUAAGGAUCCAUGAAAACAUUUCCAAAAGUAUUUGGUUUUCAAAAAACACAGUAUAAUUAAUUAUUUAUUUAUUGAGAAGCUAAAACAUUUUUCUGAAUGAAUUUUAGCCUAUAGGAUGAUGUCACCCACAAAUGUUUUUAUUUAAAUGUUUCCCAAUAUUUUAGUAUAACUUGUAUUUAAAAAAAAAAUACAUUUAAAAAGCAUAUCACUUAGAAAAAUCUUGAACAAGCCAAGGGAAUUUGUACGCUGCGUUUUUGUUUUCCCUCCUGUAUCUAAAGCCAUGUGUCUAUAUUAGAGGAGCUCUCCCUCGUCUGUUACGGGUCGGCUGAAAUUUUAUAAUAGAAGUUAAAAAAAAUAUAUGAAGAAGAAAAAAAAUGUGGAUGUCAUUUUUGUAUUUUAUAAAAUUGUCAAAUAGGGUUUAGUGACUUUAAAAUGGAGGUGGUUGAAAGAAAGUGCCCGUUUUUUUUGUUUUUUUUUCUAGAAGCUCUUUUACGCCAUCCAUUUGCUUCAGAAAAGCUCUUUGGACACACUUUGAGUGUUCCUCUGUCAUCCAUCUAGCGGUUUUUCUGUCAUUUUUGAUCUUUUAAUGACUACCUCCCAAAGCCGGCACAGACCCCUCAACCGUUUUUUAUUUUUCCUCUUCAUGGACAGCCCAUCAUCACCCUCCCUCUCUCCCCGUCACUCAGUUUAUUAAUCCCAAAGCCCCUCGAACCCAAUCAGAACACUCUUCCGUCCGGGGAUGAAGCUAAAUUAUCACGGGGUCAUUUGGGCCCACCCGCCUCCUCUCCGUCCAACUUUCAUCCUCAUCCUCAGCGAGUUGUCUUUUUUUUUUUUAUCUCUGUCUGUCACUCACACACUCAUUCCCUCUGCGACAAGUCUGCCAAGCGCUUCUGAGCGCGUGACAGAGUCACCAUAAAUCCCCCUCCACCCCGUCCCUCCAAAUGUAAACACUGACUGUAAAGACUGUUGUGCUCCGAGCUUUGAACAAAACAGACACAAAUUUAAACUCCGCCCACAUCCAAGCCAUGUCUUUUUCCAAAACGAGAAGUCAUUAAAUUCCUUUAAAACAUGAGGCCCUGCAGUGGUCACUGAUCAACACUAGGGGGCACUGUUGACCACAAAAGCAGAAAGACAAUCGUGACAUGACUUCAAGGAACUUCUCCCCUACCACCAUCCUACCGCCGCCUGAAAGCAUCCUGUACAAUGAUGUGUACAAGUCGCACUCACUUUCCAGUGUUAAUUUGUGCUGGUGAAAGUCUGUUUUACUUGUUCUCUAAGAACUGAUAUCUUUGCUAUCAUCAUUGCCACAGCUUUCACUGAUGGUAGAUGUCAUGAUGAUAUAGAAAUCUGCGUUGUUUUUUUUUUCUUUUUGUGUAGGUUUUAGAUAUUUUUUUGUUUUUAUUUUGGAUUUUAUUUGAUAAUGUUUUUUUUUCCCUCUUUCUUGGGGUUUGUUUUCCUUCAAAACAAAAACAAAAUGUAAAAAAAAAAAGUGUUACUAAUGUUGCACGAGGAUUUUCUGACACGACACAAGCAGAGUGAUGAAGGAAGUGUGGCUGUGGGUGGAGGCGCUGAGCCGGUAUACUUUGACGAUACGCUUCAAUUUUGUUAUACUUUAAUACCCCCCCCCCCAAUCCACAUAUGCUGGAGAGAGUGUGUGGUGGUGGGGGGGGCAGCGUGACUUGUCUAACUUAUUUCUGACCAGACACCAAGAUGUCAGUGCAUGGCCGUUACAAAACUACAGCAGAGUGAAUCAUGUUAUAGGAAGUAAAAUGUACUUUUGACACAAACACGUCACACAGGAUUACAUUUAAAUAAAUAAAUGACAAAUGGAAAAAAAAGUUUUAAGUAAAUCAUAGCUAAUAUAUUGUGUUUGGCUAGUCAGCUUUUUUUUGUUUGUUGUAAAGAUGAUUUUUUCUUUAUGUUGUUUUGGAGAAUGAUAUACAAUUUGUGUAUAUUUUCAUAAAUAAAGUAUGCACUGAUGUUAUUACAAAUUCUAUACUGCUUUUACAAAAAAAAAGUGUUUGUUAUUGUACCAAAGUAUCCAUUGGUCCUCUCUUACCCUACUCCCCCUUUUGCGUAUGUUUUACCGUAUUUUAUAUAUUAAAUAGACCAGUUGACCUACAGAAAAA